AUGGUUGACGGAACAAGAGCUGAGGGUGAUGACCUCGAUGACGGCUUGGAAUACGAUGUUCAAUAUUCCGAUGCGGAGGGGGAUUUGGUUACAUCACAACCAUCGACAACUGAAAAUGUAUCGCAGGAUGAGCCAACCAAAGCGGAUGAUGAGUCCAACCCACAUAAACGAAAGAGACAAUCUUCCAACUUGAAGGAAAAGAAGAAGAUGAAGAUGGAAUUGGAUACUCAACAAAAGAAGAAUAUCUCAUUUGAGGAAAGUCCCGAAGUGAUUGCUGAGUUUAUCAAUUCUAAAAUCAGCAGAAAGCAUACGAAAUUAUCAGCGUUGGAGUUGAGCGAAUUGUACUUUACAAAGAGCGAUAUUCGAUCAACUUCUGAAUUUACUAAACCAAGAACUUUGGAUAACUUGCUGGAAUACAUCAACCAAAGGUUCAAAAAUAUGCUACCUGGAAAACAACAAGACAAACCGAACAAGAACAAGAACAAGAGCAAGAACAAGAACAAGAACAAGAAAGGUGGGGAAGCUAGAAAAGACACUGAUGGUGAGGUUCACAAGCUGGAAGAAAGUCGUAAGUUCAUCGCCAUAGUGUCCAUGUCAGCUAUCCGUGCAUGUGACGUGCAUCGUGCAACUAAGGAUCUAAACGGAAGCUCAUUAAAAUUAAUCAACAAGAAUAAAUUAGACGUUGAUUUGAAAUUGGUCAAAUCCACAAGAUCGAGAGUGUUGUGCUGUACACCAGGAAGAUUACAAAAGGUACUCAACAGCCUGGAAUCACAAUUACAAAAGGACGAAGUGAAAAUUAUCCUUGUUGAUAAUUCAUACCUAGAUCAAAAGAAACAGAAUAUAUGGGACAUAAAGGAGACAUUCGAAGUAUUAAAAGACUUGACAAAGCAGGGACUGAAGAUUUACCUUUAUUGA